AGCCAGACAGACAGGCCGGACGGGGUACCAGCACCCCGAUUCCUCUCCCUGGGACACUGUCCACACUCCGAGGGCCAUAGGCCAACCUGAGCCAUGGGUGCUGAGAAGGAGGUGCUGGUCACACUGUCAGGGGGAGCCCCCUGGGGCUUCCGACUUCAGGGGGGGGCCGAGCAGAGGAAACCCUUACAGGUAUCCAAGAUCCGAAGACGGAGCCAGGCUGGCAGAGCAGGACUCCGAGAGAGGGACCAGCUUUUGGCCAUCAAUGGGGUCUCCUGCACCAGUCUCUCUCACGCCAGUGCCAUGAGCCUCAUCGAUGCCUCAGGGACUCAACUUGUCCUCACUGUGCAGAGGGUAGAGGAUGAAGGGCCUGUGCGAUCUCCAUCCCCUGGUGAGCUUCAGGUGCUGUCACCUUUGUCUCCGAUGAGUCCUGAGCCCCCUGGUGCUCCAGUUCCCCAGUCUCUUCAGCCUGGGAGCCUCCUCUCCCCCCCUGAUAGUGAGGCUUACUACGGAGAAACAGACAGUGAUGCUGACGGCCCUGCCACCCAGGAGAAGCCCCGCCGACCCCGCCGCCGAGGCCCCACAAGGCCCACCCCUCCGGGAGCCCCACCUGAUGAGGUCUACCUGUCUGACAGCCCUGCAGAGCCGGCACCUGCUAUCCCUGGCCCUUCCAGCCAGGGGGACAGCCGUGUGAGCUCCCCAUCUUCGGAGAAUGGGGCCAUCCUUAAGCCACCCCCAGCCGAGGCCCUGCUGUUGCCCCAUGGUACCCUCCGGCCUGGCCCUCAUCUCAUCCCUAUGGUGGGGCCUGUUUCCCACCCGGUGGCAGAAGAUCUUACUACCACCUACACCCAGAAGGCCAAGCAAGCCAAACUGCAACGGGCAGAGAGCCUCCAGGAGAAGAGCGUGAAGGAGGCCAAGACCAAAUGCCGCACGAUUGCGUCCCUGCUGACGGCAGCCCCCAACCCCCACUCCAAGGGGGUGCUUAUGUUUAAGAAAAGGCGGCAGAGAGCCAAGAAAUACACCCUGGUGAGCUUUGGGUCUGCAGCUGGGACAGGCGCCGAGGAGGAGGAAGACGGGGUCCCUCCAACGAGCGAAUCCGAGCUGGACGAGGAGGCCUUCUCCGACGCCCGCAGCCUCACCAACUAGUCCGACUGGGACAGCCCCUACCUGGACAUGUUCCGGCAGGGGAACGAGGAGACGAAGAACUCGCCCAACCCCGAGCUGCUGUCGCUGGUGCAGAACCUGGAUGAGAAACCCCGGGCCGGGGGUGCGGAGUCUGGCCCGGAGGAGGAUGCGCUGAGCCUGGGGGCUGAAGCCUGCAACUUCAUGCAGCCACCAGGGGGCAGGAGUUACAAGACCCUGCCUCACGUGACACCCAAAACCCCGCCCCCCAUGGCUCCUAAGACCCCGCCCCCUAUGGCUCCUAAGACUCCACCCCCUAUGGCUCCUAAGACUCCACCCCCAGUGGCUCCCAAGCCCUCAUCUCGAGGGUUCCCCGAAGGGCUAGUGAAUGGGGCAGCCCCUUCCUCUGGAAUCCCGGAGCCUCCCAGGCUUCAGGGCCGGGGUGGGGAGCUAUUUGCCAAGCGGCAAAGCCGAGCGGACAGGUUCGUGGUAGAGGCCGCACCUAGUCCUGGUCUCGGCCCUCGGCCCCGAAGCCCUUCUCCUACUCCCUCGCUGCCCCCUUCCUGGAAAUACUCACCCAAUAUCCGAGCCCCGCCUCCUAUUGCUUACAACCCGCUGCUCUCACCCUAUUUCCCCCAGGCUGCCCGAACUCUCCCUAAUAAGGCCCAAUCCCAGGGGCCGCGGGCAACCCCCAAGCAGGGCAUCAAGGCUCUGGAUUUCAUGCGGCACCAGCCCUACCAACUGAAAACUGCCAUGUUCUGUUUUGAUAAGGCUCCCCAGACUCCUGGUCCCACCUCCUCAGGGCCCCCCAAAACGGCCCGAAUCCAGGAGGUCCGCCGAUUUUCCACUCCAGUACCCCAACCCACUGCAGAACCCCUGGCCCCCACUGUGCUUGCCCCCAGAGCAGCCACUACAUUGGACGAGCCCAUCUGGAGGGCAGAGCUGGCCUCGGUCCCUGUCCUCAGCCCAGCCCCUCCUCCAGAGUCUCCCAGGGGUCUUGGGACCUCACCGGGCUCCUGUGGCUUCCAGGUAGCCAGGCCCCGGUUUUCAGCCACCAAAACGGGAUUGCAGGCUCAGGUGUGGAAGCCUGGUGCAGGCCACCACUGAGCAGGGCACAGCUCCCAGGACCAAGGAGAACUAGUUGCUUCUCCAGUUCCUAAAGUUGCUUCUCCUACCUAAUCCAACCUAAACACCUCUCGGGUGUUUGGAGGUUAGAUUCCCUCCUGCCAGAGGUAGUUUUGGAGUUGGUAUCCCCUCCCCGUUCCUCCUGGCUCCCAACCUCCCUGCUGCUUUCCAACCUAAUACUUCUGCUUUGGUAUCUGUGCUUCUCUUUGUCUCUGUAGUUUCUUGCCUGGAUCUUUGUCUUUAUCUCUAGGUCCCUCCACCCAUGUGCCCUCACUGGUUUGUAUUUCUCUACUUUGUUCUUUUCUCUGUGAACUUCAUAACAUUCAAUGAGACGUAUACAGAGAAGCUACCACUGAGCACUCAACAAGAAUCUCACCACCAGGCAGGCAGCGAUGAAACUGAAUUGAUCCUUGUUUGCUCUAAGUUAGUCUCUGCUGCUCACCUUUUCCAAACCUGGCUGGCAUAUACCUCGGCAUGUAUGUAUGCGUAUGUAUGUGUGUACGCAAGGGCACAGAUGUGCUCUUCUGUCUGAGGCAAGAGCAAGAGGACAGAUCUAAAUAAAGACCUGAGGGGGGUCUCACCCUUGCACCGAUGAAAGAAGGGUGAGAUGACCCCACAUGGGUAAUCUAGGGGAGAAAGAGGUUCACUACAGUUGAAGACUAGCAUCUGUAACUGGUAUACAGCAUCUUGUGAAACGUAUGGAGUAUGGGGAGACGUGAAGGACCAAGGCGGUUUGUAGGGGCUGCAUUAUACCAGUCAGAUCAGGAAUCGAACUAAAAAUUCUAUUCCUCAGGAUUUCGGACAGUUAGCAACUUGACAGGCCCAUGCUGGGCAACAAGUACCCAGGAAGUGAACAAACAGAAAAAUGUCCUCUGAGAAUGAACAAAUCAGUGGCUUCACGUCCUCUAAGCCUCGGAGAGACAGAAAGAAAAGAGCCAUGGUGUGGAAAAUGAGGCAGAACCAGGAGCAGAGCAGAAAUUAAUGAAAUCGAUGGAGCCACAAAGAGGAGCAUGGUGAGAGAGUGAGAAUGCAGUGUUGGCAGAGAGUAAAGUUAGGUAACAAGAAACCAACUGUGGGCAAGAGGAGGAUUUGGGGGGAAUUGUGAUGGAGAAGAAUGCAUUUGUUAGAGUGAAGUGGAUGAUGGUGGGGGGAUGUCAGAGUAUAUACUGAGUGUUGAAAAAACAGUUGGUAUCUGUGCUACCUCCUUUGAGUCUGUCCCUCUGUCUUCUUUUUUUAAAUUUAAAAGUAUAUUUUUUAUUGAUUUUUUACAGAGAGGA